AUGUCCAUGUCAUCCGAGGAAGACGAAGACUACCUGUCCGACGGCCUCUCAUCCGGGUCCAGCUCGGAUCACGACUCCCCCCCCCGGCCACUCUCCCAGAACUACUUCGCUCCCCCCUUCUACGGCCGACCACCAACCCCUCUCCCGCCGUCGCCGUCCCUCACGUCUCUCCUCAGGCCGUCCCGGCCAACGACGCCCGACCCGUCAGACGAUGAAAACAUUGCGCCCGUGCCGCGGGCCGCACCCAAGGUCCCCACGUACGAAUACUACGGCUUCGUCCUCUACCUCUUCAGCAGCCUCACCUUUCUGAUGUACCUGCUCUGGGCCUAUGUUCCGGCCCCGUUCCUUCACGCCCUCGGGAUCAAGUACUACCCCGACCGGUGGUGGGCGCUCGCCGUGCCGGCCUUCCUCGUCAUGAUGCUGGGGUACAUUUACGUGGCGCUGGCGGCGUACAACACGGAGAUCCUGACGGUGCCCAUGAGCAGCGUGGAGACGAUUGUGGACGGCGCGGGCAAGCCGGCGGCCAUUGACGCCAAGGGGCGGAUCAAGGGCAGCGGCAAGAGGGAGAGGAAGCGUGACGCCAACGGGAAGCUGAGGUGGAGGGAGAUUUGGAAUGAGGGGACGGAUGCGGUCAUGGAUAUUCCGCUGGCGGGGGUGUGUGAGAUUUUGUACGGUGAAGGGAGGGAGGACUUUGACCGGGAGGAUUAG